AUGUUUACAACAACAACCCCAUUAAUUGGUGAUUUUGCUAAGCCCAGAAUAGAUGCCAAAACGAUUUCUGACCUCGAAGGUACUAAUUUUUCUGCAAGGUCUACUCUACUAAACGGGUAUGAAAAUGUUAGUGUCCUCCUUGAAGUUGCAGCAUCAAGGUCGUUUCGGAUUCAUCAAAAGGAUAUAGGCUCUAUUGAUGGCGAAAAAGACAUUGCGGAUGACAAUGAUGUGCCUUCAAAGAAUUCUAUUCAAACUGCAGUUGAUCCUGAUCCAGAUGCCGAUGAAAACACCGGUGCUGAAUCAGAUGAAAACCAACUUGUUGAAAGCGGAUGA